GCAGGCAUGGUGGGAAAAGGAAUGACUGGUUCACAUGUUAAGCUAGCAUGGAAGGGGAGACUGAGCAAAAUCAUACGUUAAGAAGGAGCCACAAUUAUAUUCCCAAUGGGAGACAUAACACAGGGAGCUUGUGGAACAAUUAGGAAGUGUCUCUCAUCACCUAAUUCAUCUGUGAAUCACCAUUGAGAUGGAUAUGGAACUGACAAGUGACAGGGAACUGGAGAGCAAGACUAAGAACAAGACCACUUCUCCCUCAUUUGGAUUCCUCUUUGAUAUCGAUGGAGUCCUUUUACGGGGCCGACUAGUCAUUCCUGCUGCUAAGAAGGCCUUCCAGAAACUGACGGAUGCCAAAGGCCGGUUUCAUGUACCGGUUGCCUUUGUAACCAAUGCUGGGAACUGUUCUCGGGAAAACAAGGCUGAGGAACUCUCUGAAGCACUCGGAUUUAAGGUGUCUCCUGAAUGGGUGAUCCUCUCCCAUAGCCCUCUGCGCCUUUUCCAUGAGUUCCAUGGCAAGUGUAUGCUUGUGUGUGGACAGGGACCUGUGGAGGAGAAUGCCAAAGCGUUGGGAUUCCAGCAUGUUGUUACCAUUGAAAAUGUGAGGAAGGCAUUUCCUUUGCUGGAUAUGGUUGAUCAAAGUCGGAGGCCAAAAGUGCUGCCUCCUCCAACCACCGACUUCCCUACCAUAGAAGGGAUAAUUCUCCUGGGGGAGCCAAUCCGAUGGGAGACUUGCCUGCAGCUGAUUAUUGAUAUACUCCUUAGCAAUGGGAAUCCUGGGGCUGAGCUAUCCACUGUGCCAUAUCCACAUCUACCCAUCCUGGCCUGCAACAUGGACCUCUUGUGGAUGGCAGAAGCCAAGAUGCCAAGAUUUGGCCACGGCACCUUUCUUGUGUGCUUAGAGAACAUCUACAAGAAAAUGACUGGAAAGGACCUGAAGUAUGAAGCCCUGAUAGGGAAGCCCAGCACUGUCACCUACCGCUAUGCAGAGCAUGUGAUCAAACAGCAAAUGGAGAGUUGUGGCUGGACAUCCCCUCUUCGCCAACUGUAUGCUGUGGGGGACAACCCAAUGGCUGAUAUUUAUGGUGCAAACCUUUACAACCGCUACCUCCAGGCCCAGGGUGAAGUGAGCAUCACUGCUAUGGCACCUGAGAGCGAGGCACAUCUUGAGGUGCAGAGAGAUCACAGAUCCAUUUGCUCUGCAGAGAGCUGCCAGUCUAUCCUGGUCUGCACUGGGGUCUACAAUCCCUACGGAGACAUGCCUGUUGGCCCCAAUGAGAACAUGUUAGAGACAGUAUUCCAUGGACACAGAGACUUUCAUUUUGAUCCAAGCUUGGUGGAGGCCUCUCACGUUGUGCAUGAUGUGAACGAUGCUGUGGAUCUUGUCUUUCAGAAGGAGGACUGGAAGAACGAAUAAUCUUUCUCACCAGCAUCCAAUCUGAGAAUGCAGGAGUGGAAGCAGAACCAAGCUCUUUCAUGUUUAAACCAUGCCAGAGUAAAGGGAAGUUCUCGCCUUAGUGGGGUCUUUUUUUUCUUGGGUAAAGGUUGUGUUGUUUUUUGUGUGUGUAAGUUGCUUAGAAACCAUAUCUGGACUGAAAUCCUAGCAGUGAUUACCAGCUUGAGAUUCUGCAGUCUUGCUUCCAUCGGCUUGGCCAGAGAGCGACAGAGGCUGGCUAAUAGUCACUUGGUUAUUCCACCAGAUAUGGGCCACCAGGUACAUAUUUGGAAGUUGUUCAUGAUCUCCCCUCCUGUAAUCCUAUCCUGUGUGUGUGCAAUUGUCUCCUUUGGCAAAGCCAGUGUGAACCUUCACAGCCUCAUUCACAUACCUACCUUUAUUUUUUGAGCAUCGUAUCUUAAAUAGUUGUAAUUUAGCACAAUGCAACUACCAAAUCCACCUGAGGCUGAUCUACAGCACAUGGUGUAUUUGGAGAAGAAAUAUACUAUAUUACCUCGAUUCCAAGAUGCGUUUUUUCCAUAUAAACCUCUUAAACAGGGUAUGUCUUAGAAUAAUGAGUGAUAUAUAUAUACACACACACACACACACACAUAUACACACAUACAUACAUACAUACUUUUUUUCCUAUUGUUGGCACUGAAAUUAGUGUCUUAGAAUCGAUGCCAUCUUAGAUUAAAUGAAAUACGGGUAGGUAUUGCAGCAGGCAUGCCCUUUUUACUCAGUCUAAGAUAGAAAUAACAUAGCUGGUAGAUGUAGUAACAAUUAAACAGCACCCUCCAAGUGGUUUUUCCUAAUUUUAUUAUGGCAUUUUAAAAAAAAUUCUUACCUCUCCUUGUCAUGAAGAACACUAUCCUUUCUACUACUUUUUUGGAGGCUCAGUGUCUUUGAAACACAGAGUUGUGUGUGCAGACAGUGUUCAGGGAUAUGAAACAAGGUUAGCUCUGUUGUCUAGGAUUUUCUGAUGGGAUAGUCAGAAAUUAGCUGUCUGGCUGAUUUCCCUUUUUAACAAACUUUCCUUUUAAUGAAAAAUUUGGGGGCAAAAUAUGGGAAUGGAAAAAAAGAAAAAUGUAUUUCACAAAUCAUAAUACUAAUGAUUUUAAUCUCAGUGACUGUUAAGGGCAAGCAUAUAAAUUGUAUGUUGCUUUUUAGUUUUGUUUCCUUCUCCUUAAAUGGCAGUGGUAACACUUUUCAAAUAGCUAUUUCACUGCAAAUAGCUGUAUUUCCAAGUUAUGUGUUAGUGAGUUUUGGUCCAGGUUUGUCUGUCUACUAGAGCUUGGAAAAGAUACUUUUUCAGACAAUAAUUUCUAUAAUGUCUGAACAUGUUUGGGAACUGUUGUAUCCAUAAUGCCUCAAAUUAACUUUUCCAAGCUCUGGUAAAUACUUUUGCAUACCCAGGCCUUCCUAUUUGUGGAGACUGUUGUUUCCCUUGCAGCUCAUUCUUUUGGAUCUAUGCAGCAAUUAUCUGAUCACUGUUCCAGAGAUGUACAUGAUUCAGUUUUUGUAGAAACAUGCUUCUUUCUCUACAGGGCAGCCGACUUUAGAAGCAGAUCUCUGGUUGCCUUUAAUGGAAAAUGUUCCAUGAUGUUACUGUUGUAUAAUAUCAUUUUGAAAACUUUCCAUCGGGUGCACUGAACUCCAACGGCAAGGUGGCAUAGACAAUGUUACUUUUGCAUCACUCCAGUUGGUGAUGACUGUCAUUUCAUUGUCUUUUGUCCUUCAUUAGUGUAUAUACAAGAAAAGACGGUAUAUGCCCCUUUUCUCUUGAGUAGAUGAUUACUUUGCAACAUGAAUAGUAUCCUUAUUUUCUCAUACCCAUAUAACUGAAUAUAAUUUGCCUGCAUUUUAAAUAUAAUUUAUUGCAGUGAUGGAUCUGUUUUUUAGGAAUUGUCUUAAACUUUCAUCCUAGAGUCCCCAUUCUUCUUACUUGAAGAUGUAGCUUUAGAAAAAGGAUGGCUAUGUUUUACAAAUAUUACUUCUAAUAUCUGUUCUUCCCAAUUGAAAUGAAAGUAAUUUUUAAAGAAAUGUUCUUCCUCUGCUCUCUAUUGCUUGUCCUACUGUAUUAGAUGGUCACAUAUUUUUCCACAAUUUACAAAACUCAAUUUAUAACAAAAUAAAAAUGAUAAAAACCAA